UCACAACAAAAUCCAUCUCUAUUCUCUCUUCUAUAUCAUAAUCUCUUUAGUCUCUACUACACAAAUCAUUUCCAUCCAAAAUCAGUAAACAUCUCAUUGGAGAAAGAAAAGAUGACAACCCUCCAGUCUUCAAGUUUCUUGAACUCAAGGAAUUUUGUUCCCUCAACAUCAUCUUGUACUCGUAGAAGAGGAUUGAUAAGAGCGAAUAUUGAUAUUCCAAGAAUUAAAACAAGCAAAAUCUCUCUUCCAAUUCUUCAAUCAGUACAUGAACAAGAGUUGAUUAGCUAUUCCAACAUAGCAAACAACAACCUAGUCGAGAUACAACUUAGCCCAGCUACAAGAAGAAGCCAUAUGGCUAAUGGUCCUGAUCCCGUGGUUAUCGAGAAGCUUUAUGCAAUCAAAGAGGCAGUUGCCGAUAGAGUUGAGAUGCAUAGAAACAUAGGGGAGCAAAGAAGCCAGUGGAACAGUAUGCUUUUAACAUCCAUUAAUGGGAUAACUCUAGCAGCUGCCACAAUUACUGGCGUUGCAGCUAGCAGUGGUGCUGGUGGUGAUUCUAUUUUAGGACUGAAGAUGUCUUCCACUAUGAUGUAUUUGGCUGCUACUGGCAUGUUGGCGAUCAUGAACCAAAUUCAGCCAUCCCAACUUGCUGAGGAACAAAGAAACGCAACAAGGAUAUUUCAAGAUCUCCACAACCAAAUUGAAACAACUUUAUCAAUCGGUCAUCCUUCAGCUACUGAUGUCAAAGAAGCUAUGGACAAAGUAUUGGCUCUUGACAAGGCCUAUCCACUUCCUCUCCUUGGCGUAAUGCUAGAGAAAUUUCCAUCUUCUGUUGAACCUGCUGUUUGGUGGCCUCAACAACGUAGAAGGCAGGCCAAAAGGGUUGGUGACAAUGAAAACAAUUGGAACGGAUGGAAUGGCAAACAGGAGGAGGAAAUGAGAGAAAUAAUGGGAGCAUUAGGCAGAAAGGACCAAGAAGAAUACAUUAGGCUGGGGGGAAAGGCCUUGAAAUUGAACAAGUUUUUAGCCAUGUCCGGUCCUUUGCUCACAGGCCUAGCAGCAGUUGGGUCGGCAUUGGCAGGUCAUUCUCCUCAUGGAUCUUGGGCAGCCAUGCUAGGAAUUGUUGGUGGCGCAUUGGCAAGUGUAGUUAACACAAUAGAGCAUGGUGGACAAGUUGGAAUGGUAUUCGAGAUGUACAGGAGCAACGCUGGUUUCUUCCAGUACAUGCAAGAAUCCAUUGAAUCAAACUUGACAGAAACAGAAAUGGAGAGAAGAGAACAUGGUGAAGUGUUUGAGAUGAAGGUGGCUUUGAAAUUAGGAAGGAGCUUAUCAGAUCUAAGAAAUCUUGCAGCUGCGUCUUUAUCAAAGGGUGAAGAAAUUGACGAGUUUGCAAGCAAGCUUUUCUGAUACUGCACCCACAUGUUGUACAUAUUUUUGUAGUAGUAACCAAACAUAUUCUUUAAUUUUUUAAACAUGUAUAUUUUUUUCGGCAUAUGUUGAGAAGUGUGGCUAUUAGCAUAUUCUA